UCCAUCAACGAUUUAUUUUUUAUUAAUUUGAAAAAAUGUAGUUAUUAAUAUUUCAGUAUUUUUUUUAUGUACAAAUAGUAUUUUAUAUUUUUUCACUCCUACAUUUAGUUCAAUUUCUGUUCAAUGAGGAAUAGUAUAUUAUAUUAACUUAAUAGUGAUAGCUAUAUAAUCAACAACUAUGACGUGGAAAUCCAGCAAUUGGACUAGUUUAUUUCCUACUAAAACAUCGUUUGUUGUAUUUGUCUUGUACAUAGCACUUUCGAUGAAUCACGGAUUGUUAGUAAAAUUAUCACAAGAAAAAGGCAUUUAUAACUAUAAUAUUGUCUCAGUAAUUAUUUUAACCGAAGUUACAAAACUAGUUAUAUCCUUAUUUUUAUUUUGCAAAGACAAUCCCUUAAGAAAUAUUAUUGAUCAGACUAGAGAAAACUAUACAGUACUCUUUCUCUACAUGGUGCCGGCAUUUCUCUACUGCCUAUAUAAUAAUUUGGCUUUUGUGAACCUAUCAAUAUUUGACCCAACUACAUAUUUUAUUCUUCUUCAACUAAGAGUUAUACUCACUGGUAUUGUAUAUCAGUGUUUGUUUAAAAAAGAUCUCAGCAAAAUUCAAUGGUUGUCUUUAGUUCUUUUGACUGUUGGAUGUAUCAUAAAAGAGUUAAAAAUUGAGGGCAAUAUCCAACAACAGCCUUAUAGUAUUUUUAUAAGUAUAUUAUUGAUGUUGACUCAAAUACUUUGCUCGUGUUUAGCUGGUGUCUACAAUGAAUAUUUACUUAAAAAAGGUCAAGGUGUAAAUGUGAAUGUUUAUGUACAAAACAUAUAUAUGUACACAGAUUCAAUACUUUGUAAUUUAUUAUUGUGGAUAAUAUUUAAACAUAAUGAUAACAAAAGCAAUGCUCCAGAAACAAACAUUUUUAAAAAUUAUAUGGUCAUGUUUAUUGUAUUAAAUAGUGCCAUGUAUGGUGUUGUAACUAGUUUACUGUUACACAGCUUAAAUUCAAUCAUAAAAGUUUUUGCCACAGCAAUUGAACUAGUCCUUAUUGCUAUAUUGUCAUGGGUACUUCUAGGAUAUCCAAUUACUAUGCAGACUGUGGCAGCUGUUUGUAUUGUUUCGUGUUCUGUGGUUGUUUAUGCCAAACAUCCUAUAACUAAAAGUACACCACCAACUACUAAUUAUAAUAAAAAUAUGAUUAAUAUUUAAAACUUAAUUAAAUAAAUAAUUAUUGAAAUAAAAUAUUAUAUUUACCCACCUACUUAAUUUCCUAUCACCUAAAUAUUGUACACAUAUAACUUUUAUAUAAAUUAUAUAUUUUGUGUCUAUAUUUCUAUUAUUAUUAUAUUUCAAUAACUGUAAGUACCUAAAUACUAUAAACUAAUAAUAUUAUAAUUUAUUUGAAAAUCAAAACAUUUGUAUUGUAUUGCCUAAUAAUUCCUAUUUUUUAAUUGUAUAAGUAACGAUUGUAGUCCUUUGAAAGAAACUAAAUCAUGCCCAUGUAUUAUGUAUUCUACUGUAAUUUA